CUCUCACAGAGCUUCAAGAUUCUGAAAAACAAACGUCAUGUCGACGUCAAGAAAAUCUGCACUCAUUUUUUCCAGUUUUUCCUAUAAUACUCUAAUCUCCAUAUAAUUUUUAUACAAACAACUAUUCUAUAUCUAAAAUUACGAAAUUCCCAUUAAACUUUUUUGUUUUUUGAUCCGUCAUUCGUAAUGGCGUAAACGAAAAUGCAAGAAGGGAAUACAGCGAUUUUUUUCGGAUUGAACUUUUGUGGCAACAUAUUUAAGGAAUUUAAAAAUGAUUGAGUGAACAUCGGUUUGAGCAACAACAACAGAAGUUAGCGAAUAAAUAUUUGUUCAAACUAUUGUUGCUCACUGGAGGGGAUUUGCACGUGACUUGAUAAUCGUUGCAAGACAACAUUGAUGCACUAAAGCAGAAAAAAAAAUAAUUAUAACGACAUAAAUGUUGUGGAGAGUCUCGUGUCAGUCAGGGUCACAAGUUCGAACUUUAAUCGUAAAGUUGUGACAUCAUGUUCGAGAUAUCUUCCCACGUGAAGAAUAAAAUUCUCUCGACACUUUUCUCAUCAUUUGGAUUCGGACGUUCACCGAUAUAGGGCACAUGAGAAUCAGCUUCAGAAUUCCGUCGAUCAGUUUUCUCAUUGAAUUCGCAAUAUCCAUUCGCCUUCGAAGUCGUCAAUAACGUUUUGUGGAUUCCUUUAAGGAGCAAACUGAAUAAUGUAUUGCACUCCGAGAGUAUCUCGAUGCGCGAAAUUAUUGCGGAUGCGAAGCGGCGCCAAAAAUCACGUGCGGUUUUUGAGUCUGAACAACUCAAGUUACUCGAAAUUCGAAAAUCUUUUUCCCUAUCGGGAAGAGUUUCAAAGUCGACACAUAGGACCGAGGGAUCAUGAACAACAAGAAAUGCUGGAGUUCGUGGGUUUUAAGUCCCUCGAAGAACUAACCAAAACCGCAGUACCAAGUAACAUAAGAUUGGACGAAGAACUUCGGAUUGAAAAACCAAUCACCGAGUACGAGUUGAUAAAACGAGUUACUGGGAUGUCAGAAAAAAACGAUGCGUGGAGAACUUAUAUUGGAAUGGGAUACUACAACUGUUGCGUUCCACCUACGAUAAUGCGCAACAUGUUCGAAAAUCCUGGAUGGACGACGCAAUACACGCCUUACCAGCCUGAAAUAGCUCAAGGAAGACUGGAGAGUUUGAUUAAUUAUCAGACAAUGAUUUGCGACUUCACAGGGAUGGAAGUGGCGAAUGCCUCGCUUUUGGACGAAGGAACAGCAGCGGCUGAGGCACUCGCACUCGCGUACAGGCGAAACAAACGAAAAAAGCUUUUCGUAUCAGACAAAGUGCACCCUCAAACGAUAAGCGUUAUUGCUACACGAGCUUCAUCCCUUGGACUGAUUCUCGAAGUCGGCAAUGUAUUCAAGCUCGAUACCAGCGGAAAAGAUAUUGCGGGAAUCCUCAUCCAAUAUCCUGAUACUACCGGAGCUGUCUAUGAUUACGAAGAAAUCGUUGGAAAAGCGCACAAAGACAAAACAUUGGUUUGUGCUGCUGCUGAUCUCUUGUCGUUGGCGAUUUUACGACCACCUGGAGAUUUUAACGUGGAUAUAUGCAUCGGUACGAGUCAACGUUUUGGCAUUCCCUUGGGUUAUGGAGGUCCACAUGCAGGAUUUUUCGCAUGUCGGAAAAAUCUGAUCAGAUUAAUGCCUGGGAGGAUGAUCGGAUUGACUCGUGAUGCGGAUGGAAAUGACGCUUUUCGCUUGGCUCUUCAAACUCGUGAACAACACAUAAGAAGAGACAAAGCGACGAGCAACAUUUGCACUGCUCAAGCGCUUUUGGCUAAUAUGUCAGCCAUGUACGCCGUCUAUCAUGGACCACGAGGAAUUCGUGACAUCGCUACGAGGGUUCACAAUUUGACUGUCGUCUUGGCAAAAGGCCUUGAAAAAGAUGGUCACAAAAUUCACCACGAACGCUUCUUCGACACGAUCACAGUUACUUCUAAAGAAUCCCAAGAACUCGUCAAACGAAUGGCCGAACAAGCUAAAAUCAAUUUAAGAUACAACAACGAUGGUUCCAUAGGAAUUUCUCUGGACGAAACAACCGAACCUAAGGACGUGGAUGAUCUUUUCAGAAUUUUCAAAACGAAAUUCACCGUCAGAGACAUCGUCCAAUCUGGUUUAACGGAAGGUCAAGAUCUAGAAGCUACAAAGUUUAAGCGUGUUACUCCUUACUUGGAACAUCCGGUUUUCAACAUGCAUCAUUCGGAAACAAGAAUUGUUCGUUACAUGAAAGCCCUCGAGAAUAAAGAUGUGUCCCUUGUUCAUAGCAUGAUUCCGCUGGGUUCCUGUACGAUGAAAUUGAAUUCAACGAGUGAAAUGAUGCCCUGUAGUUUACCGGGUUUCACGAAUAUUCAUCCCUUCGCUCCAGUGGAACAGACACGUGGUUAUCAGGAACUAUUCAACGAAUUGGAAAAAGAUCUUUGCGCGAUAACGGGCUACGAUGGAAUAAGUUUUCAGCCGAACAGUGGAGCUCAAGGAGAGUAUGCUGGAUUAAGAGCGAUUCAAUGUUAUCACGAGUCUAAUGGAAACGAAAAUAGAAAAGUGUGUUUAAUCCCGAUUUCUGCUCACGGGACAAACCCAGCAUCGGCUCAAAUGGCAGGAAUGCAAGUUGAGCCAAUUUUUGUCAAGAAAGAUGGUUCCGUCGAUACAAGCCACCUGAAAGACAUGAUCGAGAAACAUCAAAAAGAUUUGUCUUGUCUCAUGAUAACUUAUCCAUCAACUAACGGAGUUUUCGAAGAAACAAUAGGUGACGUCUGCCAAAUUGUUCACCAAGCUGGUGGACAAGUUUAUCUCGAUGGUGCCAAUAUGAAUGCUCAGGUUGGUCUUUGUCGACCGGGUGAUUAUGGCAGCGACGUUUCUCAUCUCAAUCUCCAUAAAACUUUUUGUAUUCCUCAUGGUGGAGGAGGACCUGGAAUGGGACCAAUUGGAGUCAAACGUCAUUUGAUACCAUUCCUUCCGGGGCAUCCGGUGGUAGAUUCGACAAAUGGAAAAAUAAAGGAAACUUCCGGAGUUGGAGCCGUUUCCGCAGCGCCUUACGGUUCAUCGGCGAUUUUACCCAUUUCUUGGGCUUAUAUAAAAAUGAUGGGACCGCGUGGUCUCCGGAAAGCCACUCAGGUUGCCAUUUUGAAUGCAAAUUACAUGAGCAAACGGUUGGAAAAGUAUUAUAAAACACUGUACAAAGGUGACACGGGUCUCGUAGCCCACGAAUUCAUACUCGACAUCAGAGAUCUUAAAAAAACGGCGAAUAUCGAAGCUGUCGAUAUUGCCAAGCGGCUCAUGGAUUACGGUUUUCAUGCACCGACUAUGAGCUGGCCUGUCGCUGGUACACUUAUGGCAGAACCUACCGAAUCCGAGGACAAAGUCGAACUCGACAGAUUUUGUGACGCUCUCAUAUCUAUCAGAAAAGAAAUUGAAGAAAUAGAAAAUGGAAAAAUGGACAUGAAUAUUAAUCCGUUGAAAAUGGCACCACAUACCCAACAACAAGUCAUUCAGUCGGAAUGGAACAGGCCAUACUCGCGAGAACUUGCCGCAUUUCCAGUUUCAUUCAAAAGGACUCCGAAAAUUUGGCCCAGCGUAGGAAGGAUCGACGAUAUCUACGGCGAUAAAAAUCUCUUCUGUACGUGUCCACCGAUUUUACCGGAACAAUAAGCUUCAUCUUUGUUAUCACUGUCAUCACUUUUGACAUUCGAAACAUCAAAGAUGAUUUUUCCCUUGUAUCUUUGUACAUAUUUCAUUCAUAUUCAUGAAUUUUUAUAUUCGAAAAUCUGUACUACGCAAUUGUUUAAGUAGUCUUAUCAAAACUGAUUGCAUUUUAUACGUCUAUUAGAAAUUUAAAAAAAAAUCAUAUUAAUAACAAAUCGAUGUCAUCGUAAUUUAUUGUAAAGCUGUGUAUUUUAUCAAAUGAGUAAAAAAAAAUAUCAAAAAAUUUUCAUAAGUAAUGAAACUCAACGGUUCACGAUUUUUAAAAAUCAAGCAUUCCGCCCUCGAAGGUUUUUUAAAUCGAAAAUAUUCAUGAUAAACGAAUUACUCGUUUUGUUAUCACGUUUCUUUUGCUUUGAAUUUCAUAAACAUUUCAGUGUAUUAACUGAGAAACUAUUUUGAAUAUCAAAGAAAAAAACAACGAUUGAUAUUUCGAACUUUUAUGAUUGUCACGCUAAAUGUGGAAAUAAAAUUCGAAACAAUUAUAUUUUUAGAA